AUGGAGCGCCUGGCCGACGCGCUCGCGGCGCGGCUCGCCGCCGUCGAGGACGCGGUCGCGGCCUUCCUCCUCGACCCGAGCAACCAGCGGCCCCACGAGCGCUACGGCCGCCAGCCCCUCUGCUACCAGCCCGAGGCCGCGGCCGCGCGCGAGCCCGCGCUCCGGCUGCUGCGGGCCGCGCAGACAAGCGACGCGCGCGCGCUCCUCGACUACGUCGCGGCCGUCGCGUCCGCGGCGUACGCGACGGUGCCCGGCGCGGCCCCGCGGCCCCUCCGCGCCGACGGCGGCACCGACACGCCGCGCCAGCCCGUGGAGCCCUGCUUCGCCGGCCGGCCGUCCGCGGCCGUCGUCCGCGAAGACGGGUGGUCGCCGCGCGUCGCCGACGUCGUGUCGCGCGCGGGCGCGCUGGCGGCCAAGGGCGGCGACGACGCCUUCCUCGCGCUCCGCGUCGACGCGCGCGACGGGCGGACGACCUACGCGCGCUACGUCUACGGGGCCCUCGCGCUCGCGGCGCCGAAAUUCCGCGCCGCCGUCGACGCCGCGCUCGGGCCCUUCGGCGCGGUAUCGCACGCGCCCCUCAAGCCGUCGGCGCGGUGCCGGGGCCGCCGCGGCGCGCCGGCGGGCGACGAGCCGGCGGCCGCGGACGUGCUGGACGCGCUGUCGAGCGCCGUGGCCGUCGACGGCCACGACGCUUUGGAACGCGCGCACGCCGCGCUCGUCGCGCGCCACGAGGCCGCCGGGCCGCCGCUGGACCGGCGCCGGCAGUCAUCCCACGACGCGGUGCAGCGCAUCCUCUUCGAGGGCGUCGUCUGCGAGGUGCGCUUCGCGCUCGGGCCUGCGCGGGAAACAACCAGUGGAAUGGCCCCGUCCAACAAAACUUCUCUAUCUCGAUCACAUCGACGUCGAUUCGGCUGA